GGUGAAGUCACCGCUCCGAGUUGCUCGAAUGGCCGCGGCGGCGCUGAACCCCGCCGCGCUCGCGCGCGCGCUCCGCCGCCGCCGCCCCCUCUCCGCCUCCGCGCACGGCGGCGGCGGCGGCGAGAGGCGGCGCCUCGUGCUCUACUCGAAGCCCGGGUGCUGCCUCUGCGACGGUCUCAAGGAGAAGCUCCACGCCGCCCUCUCCCUCGCCGCCGCCCACUCCCUCCACGCCGUCGAUCUCCAGGUGAGGGAUAUAACGUCGAAUCCGGAGUGGGAGAGGCGCUACCAAUACGAGAUCCCCGUGCUCGCCAAAGUGCUCCCCGAUGGAACCGAGGAAGUACUUCCCAGGUUAUCCCCGCGUCUUGGCGUGGAGCUCAUUCAGAAGAAAAUAUCUGCUGCAUUCGAUCAGUAGAUGAAUUGUUUCCUGUUAUCUAUUUUGCAUUUAAGUGGAUCAAUUUUGAGCAGUGAGCUGCAGAUGUAUGGCCUACAGAUUACUUGAGUGAUGUACAAUAACAAUCGAUAUUUGUGAAUUUAGCUUGUAAGUUCUUUAAGUUAAUGAUGUAAAUCAUCCUAAACUGUCGAAUUUUA